AUGAUGAAUAAUAACAGACUUGCUACUGCUACUGUCACUAUCACUUCCACUCCCACUCCUGCUACUAGCAAGACCACUUGCCAGACCACUGACUCCAAAGUAUAUGGCGUUAGAUCAGACAAAAGAGAUAUAGCUCUUGUCAAAUGUCUCAUUGUCAAGUAUCCAGAGCAUCUUCCUUGUGGUGAGGUCAUCUCUGACUGGGAUGAGAUUCAAGACCUUGUUAAUGCGGCUGAUAAAGAUCUGAAGAGCAUUUCUAUGCCUACAGUAAGAAGAAGAUAUACCCAGUUUGUUGGAAAUUAUCAAGCUAGACAGAGACAAGAAAGAAGAAUAACAGGAGCAUACGAGAAGUUCUCAGUUCUUGAGCAGCUUCUUACGGACCUCAUGGAAGUUGAAGACAAGUUUGAAUUUGCGGAGGCUGAGAAAGAAAAGAAAAAGGAGUUGGAGACGUCUAGAAGACUGCAAAAAGAAAGUGUAGUAAAAGACAGAGCCACAAUGUUCAGAAUAAUUGUCACUGACAUCAAUUCAGCAAGAAAGAGACAGAAGACCACCAAUACUGCUUCCACUCAUGUUGCUUCUGGUUCCUCUCUAUUUGCCAGUCUUGUCCCUCCUUCUCAUGUUGCUCUUAUAACAUCCAUUUCUAGACAUGCAGUAGCAAUGCCUCCAAUUGCUAUGGAUUGCGUAGAAAGGAUUGUUUAUAUCUUUAAUAAAGGACCGUCCAUUCUCUUGGAGAAAGUUGAGGAUGACAAAGUGCUUGGUGCCAUAAACAGGUUAGAGAUCAAGGUUGACAAUAAGAUCACAGUGAUAUACGAUGAGAUUCAAACAGUUAAUAAGCAAAUUGAGACAAUGGAGAAGAACUUGACAAAGAAAAUAGACAUGCAAUCGCAGCUCAUCCAAGCUCUUCUGUGA